AUGGCGGAAAUUGAUUAGAAACUAAAAGAAAAUUUGGCGGUGCCUACAAAAGACUAAAAGUAAUUUUAGCAGUAGAAUUUGCCACCACCACCCUCUGCAUAUCCAUAGAAUCAUCCAAUUAAUAUGAGCAUGUUCCCUGGUUAUUUUGGUUAUCCUUAGCCUAUGGGAGUACCGAAUAUACCUUCAUAAUCUCCCUACUCUAUCUCAACAAUUAAUACAUUCUAAGUUUAAUCUAUAUUGGAAGACAACAAAAAUAUGAUAUUGAAAUGUCUGGAAGAUAUGAACUCAGAAAAAAAUGAUGAUUGCGUUAAGCUAGUAGAGAGAUUACAUUAGAAUUUAGUAUUCUUGGCAAGUGCUGCUGAUUUACAAUCAAAUUCAAGAUUCAGUGCUGAGGACAUUUUAGGCAAUCAAAAGCCUCAUAUAUAAAUGAAAGAGAGGCCAAAGCAAGUUAAAAUACCAUGGACUGAAGAGGAACAAUAACUUUUCAUAGAAGGUCUUAAUACUUAUGGUCCUAAGAUGUAAGUUAGAUCACAUUUGCAAAAGCAUUUAAUCAAAGAAAGUAAGAGGAAAUAAUACCCUCAGUUAUACUCAAAUAAUAAAUACCAUGGACUAGGGAAUCAUAUAUCUAGUGGAAACAUUAAUAUUUAAACAGAAAGUUCAAAUUCUUAAAAUUCAAAUGAUAUACCUCAAGUUAAGAUUGAGAACACUGGGAAUUUGGAGAUGUCUGGUACAAACAAUAAAAAGAACUUGAAAUCAGAAGAUUAAAAAGAAUUCGAUGAACCAAAGGAUAAAAUAAAUGCUAAGAAGAUAGAAAAUAGCGUAAAUGAUGAAUAAGUUAAGCGAUCAUCUCACAAUCCCUCUCCAAAGAAGAGUAAAUUUUCCAAAAGGAUUAAGAAAAGCUUCAAAAAAUCUCAAUCUAACAACUAGAGUAAAUCUAAGUCACCAAAUCAAUUCUCUUCCAAAAAAUCAAAGGACAAAUCAGAUUUGAAGAGCAAUAAUUGA